AUGCCGCCCAAGAAGACAGUCAUUGCGGCCUACAACCUGCCGGACGGAUUUGACCCCGACAGUCUGAAACGCCCUCAGGAGCCCGCGAUAUCACCGGAACACAGCAAGUGGGAACAGGCACUGUACUCCAUGUCGGUCGUCCAGUCCUACAUCUCCAACGAGAACCGCCGGCUCCGCGACCUGAACGGGAGGACGUAUAAGCUCUACAGCCGCACCAUCGCCGAACACGACAGCAGGCUCGACCUCGGCGUCAACGAGCUCGUGUUCCAGGCCGCCGCCGCUGCGCCGCCGUCGUCCGAGGGUUCCGGGGAGGAGGGAUCCGCGAAGUACGUCGUGGCCAAGAUCGUCCUGGCCAAAGACGCCAAGGACCCCGCCGCGCGGAAGUACCUCGAGAUCGGGACCGAGCCGUUCAUGCGGCCCAAGGUCGCGUCGGGCAAGAACGUCGCCGUGCGCGCCACGGCGUGGGAGGUGGGCGGCGGCGGCGACGGCGAGGAGAGGGAGCUCGUGGGGGGCGGCCCGGAGGUGCCGGAGAACGUGGCGACCGUGGACAUGUGGUUCGUGAGCAAGGGCUUCGUCCGCCUCCGCGUGCACCAGGAUCUGGCCUCCCCCGAGGGCUGGGAGCACGGGCUGAAGAUCGACAAGUUCCCGGCCGACCGCGUGCAGAAGUACAGGAUCUUCGCCGUCUGCGAGGCGUUCGUCGAGGAGGACCGCGAGGUGAGGAGGAUCAGCAUGGUGGGGAAGGAGGAGCCGCCGGAUCAGAUACCGAUCUCGAAUGGGAGAAUGGUCAUGUAUGAGGGGAAGAUGCGGCAGGCAACGCAUGAGUACUGUCCGCCCGGUUGGGAUGACCUGUGGGAGGGUGAAGACCCUAACUCUCGAUAA